UUUAUUUCCAGUUUUUUUUUUAUCAUUGUCUGCACCCGACGCGCUUAUCGUGUAAUAAUUAUCACUUUUUGCGUACGCCUUUUGUGCAAUUAUCAUGAGUAGUUUAAGGGUACACACAAUGUUGUACUGUCCGCCGAACGUGACGUUCAACGAGAUUUGGACUAGGCAUGGAAUUUCGCACUGUUUUAUGGACACAGUGGGUCCAGCCGUCUGUGGCGGCUUCCUUCUUCUCUUUGGCGGCAUACAACUGCUCAUGUACCGCAAAUAUGCUACACCCACGGAUCCCACUCAGAUAACCAAGUCCCGUCUGUAUGCGCUGCAAUUGUUUCUUCUCCUCCUUGUGCCGGUGCUGGCGCUGCUGCGUUUUUUCCUGAACGCUCGCAUCUAUCCUGACGGUGCAGUUUAUGGCUAUAUGAUAUUUUACACAUGCGUUGUGUGCUUUUCGUAUCCAUUUUGUAUAUGCCUCAUAGUCAAGGAGCGUCAUUAUCAGCUGCCAUCAGUGCCGACUCGUGGCCACGGCCUUAUUUUGCUGCUCUUCUGGACUUUGGCGUUGAUUAAUGAAGCGCUCGCGAUUGUCAAUUUGGACCACGAGGACUGGUGGUUCCAUUUAAAAAAUAACAAAGAUGAUAUUGAGAUGGGAAUGUUUGUUACCCGCUUCCUGUGCUCGCUGCUCAUCUUUGUGUUGGGCCUGAAAGCGCCCGGUAUUAUGGCACCCUUUAAUCCGCACCAUCGUCUAGAGAACGACUCAUCGAGCGAUUCAGCUGGUAGUAUACCAACCGGUUCUGCAUUUCGCAACGGCUGGCGCAAGCUGCGCACCCUAUUUCCCUAUCUGUGGCCAAAAAAGGACGUAAUGCUACAAUGCGCAGUGGUUGUGUGCAUAUUGUUGCUUGUCGCUGGUCGCGUUAUCAAACUGUUUCUGCCCAUUUAUCGCAAGCUGUUGGUUGACAGCCUGACCAUCGAGCCCGUCGAAUUUCGCUGGGACUUUGUGCUUAUUUAUGUGGCUCUAUCGUUUCUCCAGGGCGGUGGCACUGGCGGCAUGGGCUUGUUUAAUAAUCUGCGUACUUUCCUUUGGAUUCGCGUACAGCAGUACACAACGCGCGAGAUUGAGAUUGAUCUUUUCCGGCAUUUGCAUCAGCUAUCCUUAAGAUGGCAUCUGCAGCGCAAGACGGGCGAGGUGCUACGUAUAAUGGACCGCGGCACAGAUUCAAUUAACAAUCUGCUUAACUAUAUUGUAUUCUCCAUAACGCCUACCAUACUCGAUCUGAUUGUGGCUGUCGUAUUUUUCAUUUAUGCCUUCAACUGGUGGUUUGGCUUGAUUGUGUUCUUAACCAUGUUUUUGUACAUAGCAUCCACAAUUGCCAUAACGGAAUGGCGCACUCAGUACCAAAGGCGAAUGAAUCUGGCAGACAAUGAACAGCGUGCUCGCAGUGUGGACUCGUUGCUGAACUUUGAGACAGUUAAAUAUUAUGGUGCCGAAGGCUACGAGGUAGACUGUUACAGGGAGGCCAUAUUGAAGUAUCAAAAGGAGGAAUUCCUCUCCAUGCUCACGCUUAAUAUGCUCAACACCGCUCAAAAUAUUAUACUCUGCCUGGGCCUGUUGGCUGGUUCGAUGUUGUGCGUGUAUUUGGUGGUGCAUCACCAAACCCUGACAGUGGGCGACUUUGUGCUUUUCUCUACGUACCUCAUGGAUUUGUAUAUGCCUCUUAACUGGUUUGGCACCUAUUACCGCGCUAUACAAAAGAAUUUUGUGGAUAUGGAAAAUAUGUUUGAUCUACUGCGUGAGGACGAAGAAAUCGUUGAUGCGCCUGGCUGUGCACCGCUGCUAACAGCUGGCGGUGGCAUAGAGUUUUCUAAUGUCACAUUUGGCUAUUCGCCGGAAAAGUGUGUAUUGCGCAACAUAAGCUUUACGGUACCUGCGGGCAAGACAGUGGCCAUUGUAGGACCCUCAGGGGCUGGCAAGAGUACCAUUAUGCGACUGCUCUUCCGUUUUUACGAUGUGCAAACGGGCUCCAUAUCGAUAGAUGGACAGAACAUCAAGUUGGUCAAACAGGAAAGUCUACGAAAGGCAAUUGGUGUUGUUCCUCAGGACACGGUACUCUUCAACAACACCAUUUACUACAACAUUGAAUAUGCUAAGAUCGGAGCAAGUCCUGAUGCAGUUUAUGAAGCGGCGCGCUCAGCGGAUAUACAUGAAAGAAUCUUGGGUUUUCCGGAUAGAUAUGAGACCAAAGUUGGCGAGAGAGGAUUACGUUUAAGCGGAGGCGAAAAGCAACGUGUGGCCAUUGCGCGAACUCUUCUGAAAGCUCCCAUUAUUGUCCUGCUGGACGAGGCUACCUCGGCGUUGGACACGCAUACAGAACGUAACAUACAAGCAGCACUGGCACGCGUAUGUGCCAAUCGCACAACAAUUAUUGUCGCGCAUCGUCUGUCCACUAUUAUACACGCAGAUGAGAUAUUGGUACUGAAGGAGGGCAGCAUUGUUGAGCGUGGCAAGCAUGAGCAGCUGCUGCAACUAGACGACGGCAUCUAUGCGGAUAUGUGGCAGCAGCAACUGAAGAACCUAGAUGCCGAAAAGAACGCAGCUGAGAGCUCCGAAUCAAUUGCAGCUGGUGGUUCUGCUGCUGGUACGACUGGAACAGCGGAACGCCCAAAGCCGCAGUCUGAGGCAGAAGGUGGCGCGCUCUUUAGAUCUGGACAUGGGCAUACAGGCGCACGUUAGGAAUAGGCAGUAUGAAAUGUAGAUCUUAGGCCGUAAUUCGAUUACUUUUGUUACAUGUAAUUUGUGGUACUUGUUGUGAAUGGGCAGCUUGUCUGAUUCCUAGUUCUUGUCUACUUUAUU